ACACUCUCCAUACACGCAGAGUAGUGGCCUUUCCGUUUUCCACAUAGCACCUCCCCCCCCCCCCCCCCAGUGACAAGAGUAUAAAACGAUUCUGUUUAAUAGUACUCCAGUAUGAAACACGCUCCCUCAACUAUUGCUACUAGUAGUAAACCUUACUGCUUUUCCUUCUCCGUACAACCAUCGACCCUUCUUCCUCCUGCUUUCUCUUUUCUCUCACGUAAGAUGAUCCUGACCCUUCCCUGUUCCCACCUUCAUCUAGGUUUUUCGGCUGACUACCUCUGAGCCCAUUUAUUUAUUUUUCAGCUUUCCAUUUCCAGAUAAUAUAUUCUUCUUGUCGACUCAAAAAGUACGUCAAUGCCGUGGAACGAAUCAACUCGCUCACCUCGACCCAUCUCACCUGCCUAUCUUCCACCCCACCUCCGCCAUCAACCCACCUUUACAGUCACCAUUCCCACCUCACUCGCCCGCUCUUCCUCCAGCCGAGGAGGAGGAGGAGGAGGGCGUGGGCGUGGGCGUGGGCGUGGCUUUCGCGGUGGUAGAGCUCCGAACCCACCCCGAUCAUACGGCCGAUCCAGACGAAACUUCUCCGACUAUGACCCGAAUCCAUAUAACCAGAAGAUCAUGCCCGAACCACCCUUUGAUAUUUCUGAGAAAUUUGAUGAGCUGGAGGUCAUAGACGAUGACCCUUCGGGCGUAAAUAAUAUCAAUGCGUACGAUGAAACUCCGGUGGAAACGAGUGGGUUCGACGUCCCUCCUCCGGUGACGUCGUUUUCCGAGAUUGAUUUCUGCUCGGGGCUCAGUGAUAACAUCAAGAGAUGUCAGUUUGUGAAGCCGACGCCGAUACAGCGUUACGCCAUCCCGGUGGCGAUGGCCGGAAGGGACCUCAUGGCUUGUGCUCAAACCGGGUCGGGCAAGACUGCGGCGUUUUGCUUUCCUAUUAUCACUAGGAUCCUGAGGGACCAUCAUCAACUGAAAAGCCCCACGAAAAAAAUUGACAGGAAUGGUGGAGGAGGAGGCUUCAGUUUGAAGACGAUCAUGGCAUGUCCUCUGGCCCUCAUACUAGCUCCUACUCGGGAGUUGUCUUGUCAGAUACAUGAUGAAGCCAAGAAGUUUUCCUACAAAACUGGAGUGAAGGUUGUCGUGGCAUAUGGAGGCGCACCCAUUGUUCAGCAGUUUCGCAAUCUGGAAAAAGGUGUUGACAUAUUGGUUGCAACACCCGGACGUCUGGUUGAUAUGAUAGAAAGAGCAAAAGUAUCUUUAAAGAAUGUCAAGUAUUUGGCUCUGGAUGAGGCUGAUAGAAUGUUGGAUAUGGGCUUUGAGCCUCAAGUUAGGAAGAUCGUUCAGCAAAUGGAAAUGCCUCCUGCAGGGGUAAGGCAGACAAUGCUUUUCAGUGCAACAUUCCCUAUUGAAAUUCAAAGGCUUGCAUCAGAUUUUCUUUCAAACUACAUUUUUCUAGCUGCAGGGAAGGUUGGAUCUAGUACCGAUCUCAUAGCUCAAAGAGUAGAAUAUGUUCAUGAUGCGGACAAGAAAAACCAUUUGUUGAACCUUUUAAGAUCCCAACGAGCAAAUGGAAAGCAUGCUUUGACGUUGGUUUUUGUGGAAACAAAGAAAGGAGCUGAUGCCUUGCAAUCCUGGUUGUCGAUGAAAGGGUUUCCAUCAAUGGCUAUUCAUGGUGACAAAGUACAAAUGGAAAGAGAACGGGCAUUGAAAUCUUUUAGAAGCGGUCUGACUCCCAUUCUGGUAGCAACAGAUGUCGCAGCACGAGGCUUGGACAUUCCACAUGUUGCUCAUGUCAUAAACUUUGACUUGCCAAGGGAAAUAGGUGACUACGUUCACAGGAUAGGUCGGACUGGGCGUGCUGGCAAACCUGGACUAGCAACAGCAUUUUUCAGUGACAAGAAUGCACCUCUUGCAAAGGCUCUUGUUGAACUGAUGCAGGAAGCAAAUCAAGAAAUUCCUCCCUGGCUCAAUGAAUACACUGAGACAUCUCAUGCCUACGGUAGUGGCGGGACUCGAUCAAGCCGCUUCAGUGGUGUAAAGUUUGGUGGCCACAAUUACCGAAGAGGUGCAGACAAUGAGAACUAUGACUACUCGAACCAGUUUGAGGAUGGAACUGCUCUAGAAUCUUAUCCUUCACAUUCUAGUCCAUAUUCUUCGCAUGAUUCUCGUGCUGAUUUUCCUACAUCUUCCCGAGCAGAUUCGUUUCAUGAAGGCUUCUAUGGUCACAUGCUGGACCACCGUACUGUUGUUGCCAGUGGCUGGGAUUGAUUCCCAGAAUCAGAUUUUGUUGACAGCCCCCUUAGUUUUAGGCAGAAAGAAAAGAAAAGAAAAGACAUAUACUGGGUAGUUUUGGUUGCUAUUAGUUGCUGCAAGCUUUAUUAGAACAGGCUGAUGGCAGUAGCAGAUACGUGUAAACCUGACAUUUGGUCUGACUUGAUUUGUGACUAACUGGGCUGUUGCGAUUAUACAAACCUGUUUUUGUCGUGGGCAGAUCCUUGUGUCACCAUAUUAAGCCCUCAUUUCAGGCUGGGCAAAUGUCGUUUGGAUGUGAUGGGCAGGCAUUUGGAGGGACAAAAUAAACUGUGUGAAGUAGCCUUCCCUUCUUAGCCUGCUGCAGGCUUUAUUUGUGCAAUUACUUGUUGUUUUGGCUUGGUUUUGUCGCGUGAAGCGACGUGCAAGUAGAACGACCAGUUAGAUUACUGAAGCUGCUGUCUGUCUGCACAUGUAGCCCGUUCCUCUUUACCUUCUGCUGAACUCGAAUGGUAGACCAAUUUGCAUUUUCAUCUA